UGGGUGAUUGUUGGUGAAAAAGAGGCGGGCGGGGGGUCCCCAGAGCACGGAAAAUGCGGCCCCAACAAUUGCGAUUAUUCGCAUCACUAGUCAUAUUAGCAAGCUCUACGACAGCGCAAAUAUCAUGGGGUUCGAACCCGACCGGUAGCGGCCGCCGUUUCGGCCUCUACAAUCCGUCCGUCGCCGAAAGGGCGAACGAGAGGCAGACGAGCUACGACGCCCAGGCCGCCCUUCUGGCGUCGCAGGACUCCCGAGGAGGCGCAGGAGGAGACUUCGUCGCCAGCAGUUACGACAUCGUCGACACAAGGAGCAACACGGACAGGCAGGGAUAUCCUGGAUACCCUUCUGGACAAAGUGGUACAUAUGCUGAUGCUAAAAGGAAUUGUACGGGAUCAGGUUGCUGCAUCCCUAAAUGUUUUGCGGAAAAAGGAUCUCGGGGUUUCCCUGGUGUAGCUGGUCUACAAGGACCAAAAGGUCAACGUGGUUUUCCAGGUAUGGAAGGUCUCGUUGGUCCCAAAGGCGACAAAGGCGAUCCAGGACCACCAGGAUUGAGAGGCCUUAAGGGUGACCCAGGAAAACAAGGUUUGCCUGGUUUUCCUGGUAUCAAUGGCGUUCCUGGCGUUCAAGGACCACCUGGUGCACCUGGUAUUAGUGGAGUUGACGGUUGCAAUGGAACUGAUGGAUCACCUGGUCAACCUGGUUUGGGUGGAUCACCUGGUCCAAGAGGUAUUCCUGGACCAAUGGGUUUCAAAGGUGACAAAGGAGAACCGGCUUACGUUGGACAAUUGCCAACUGGUGUCAAAGGUGAACCUGGUAUCGAUGGUGUUACCGGACCUCCAGGACCUCAAGGACCCCCCGGAAGAGAUGGCCCAAUGGGACCAAAAGGAGAUCUAGGACCACAAGGUCGUCCCGGACCUGAAGGUUUGAAAGGACAAAAAGGAGAAAUGGGUAUCAACUUUAUCGGUGCCGAUGGUGAGAAAGGAGAAAAAGGUGACCCAGGAGAGGGAAUAACAGAGUGCUGGAAAUACAAUAAUGAAACUAUCAACAUUCCCCGAGUUGGCCAAAAAGGUGAACCCGGUCGCGAUGGUGUAGAUGGUGCUAAAGGAGAUCGAGGAGAAAUGGGAGAUGUUGGAGCACCUGGAAGACACGGAGCCGCUGGUGAAAAGGGUCUACCCGGACCUGCAGGUCCUAGAGGAAGAGAUGGUCCCGCUGGUCUACCUGGUCCAGUAGGUCUCAAAGGAGAUAGAGGAGCUGAUGGUUUGGACGGUUUGCCUGGACGAGCUGGUCCUAAAGGAGAACCUGGUCGUGACGGUCCUGUUGGAGCACCUGGUUUGAGAGGUCCACAAGGUCCUCCAGGUGGUGGACAAGGAGCACCUGGUCCUCAAGGUCCUGCUGGACCUAGAGGUUUCCCUGGACCUGCCGGUCCGAAAGGUCUUGACGGUUUCCCUGGUGAGGUUGGACCUAGAGGUCCGAUUGGUCGCACUGGUGGUCCCGGAGAACCCGGAAGACCAGGAGCCGAAGGAGAACCUGGCGAGAAAGGUGAAAGAGGUGAACCUGGUUUAGCUGGAUUCCCAGGAGAAACCGGUCCAAGAGGUUAUACUGGACCUCAAGGCCCUGCUGGACCCAAGGGCGAAGCUGGAGAGAAAGGAUUAUCGAUUGUUGGACCCAAAGGUAUGGACGGUAUGCCCGGAAGAGAUGGAGCCAAGGGUGACAAAGGAGAAAGAGGUUAUCCUGGUGUUAGAGGUCAACCUGGUGAUUCAUUAGAAGGCUUAGCUGGACCUCCAGGUCCAGUAGGACCUCAAGGAGACAAAGGAGACAAAGGUUUGCCCGGAUUCCCUGGUUUGGCUGGUCUUGAUGGUGCCAAAGGAGACAGAGGUGGCUCUUGCCAAGAUUGUAGACCCGGCUUCCAAGGAGAUAAAGGUGACAGAGGUUUGGAUGGUUUGCCUGGACGCGCUGGUGAACCUGGUCCACCAGGUGAGAGAGGUUAUCCCGGAGAAAGAGGCGCUGAUGGUUUACCAGGAAGAAUUGGAGAACGCGGUACACCUGGUAUUGAUGGUAUGCCUGGAUUACCUGGUCCUCAAGGUCAAGCUGGAGAAGCAGCUCUUGUUCCAGAUUCAUUGAUUGUUUACCCGAAAGGAGAACGAGGUUUCACUGGUGAAAAGGGAGCACGAGGACCUAAAGGUGAUCCAGGUCCAGCAGGUUUAGCUGGACUUCCAGGUUUACAAGGACCCGUAGGACAAAAGGGAGAACGCGGACGUGACGGUUACCCAGGAAGUGACGGAUUGCCUGGUGUUCCAGGUAUCCCAGGAGCUAAAGGAGAGGCAGGACGAAGCGUUAAAGGAGAACCUGGGCGUGCUGGUUAUCCAGGAGAAAAGGGUCGAAAAGGAGAGCCUGGAAAUGACGGACCUAAAGGUUUCCCUGGUGUAUGUCCACCACAAAACUUGACAGCUGGAUUCAAAGGAAAUCAAGGACCCACUGGCCCUAAGGGUGAACCUGGUCCGCCAGGUUAUGAAGGUCGCCCAGGAGAAAAAGGAGAUCGCGGCUUCCCAGGCUUGAAUGGACCCCAAGGACCACCCGGACCUCCAGGACCAGUAGGACCUAGAGGUUUAACAGGACCAAGAGGAGACAAAGGUGACACCGGUAGUAUGGGUUUCCCCGGUGACGCUGGUGCCCCAGGUUUACGCGGUUUGCCAGGAGAGUCAGCACCCAAAGGUCAAAAAGGAGAAGCAGGUAUUCCAGGAGUAGGACCACCAGGACCACAAGGUCCACCUGGUCUUAGAGGAGAAAAAGGUCUUCGAGGUGUGCCUGGAGCACCAGGUAGAGAUGGACAACCCGGACCACCAGGGUUGACUGGAGAGAAGGGAGAAGUUGGAGUUGCUGGACUUACAGGUUUGCCAGGUGCUAUGGGAGCUAAGGGAGAGCCAGGUCCAGUUGGACCUCCAGGUAUAAGUGGAGCCCCAGGUAGGCCAGGAAUUGCUGGUCUCAAGGGAGAACCAGGUAGACCAGGUGCACCAGGUUUGCCAGGAUCUAUCGGCUAUCCAGGAGAGAAAGGUGACAAGGGAUCAGAAGGUCCAGAGGGUCUUCGUGGUUUUGCUGGACUUCGUGGUUUGCCUGGUGAUGUUGGUCUUAGCGGCAGAGAUGGCGAAAAGGGAGCUAAAGGUGACAAAGGAGAUAUGGGUAUCGCCGGUUUCCCCGGUCUUGCAGGUUUAGAUGGUCAAAAGGGUCUGCAAGGUCCUACCGGUCCCAAAGGAGAUGUCGGUCCAAUCGGUUUGGCAGGACCUCCGGGUAGACCAGGUGCCCCAGGAGCUAAGGGAGACCGCGGUUUCGAUGGAUUGCCCGGAGCUAAGGGAGAACCAGGACUUGUAUCUGAAAAGGGAGCUAAAGGAGAACCAGGAGUACCAGGACUCAGAGGAAUUGAAGGCAGACGUGGUUUGGAUGGAAGACCCGGAGCUAAGGGUGAUGCUGGUCUACCUGGAGUUGGAAGGCCAGGAGCACCUGGAGCUAAAGGAGAUCCAGGCAGACCAGGAAUGGAUGGAUUGCCAGGAAUUCCAGGAGUUAAGGGAGAACAAGGACCAGUUGGAUAUCCCGGACUUAAAGGUGAGCCUGGUUUUGCCGGAGCACCUGGUGAACCUGGAAGGCCAGGACUUGACGGUUUGGCAGGACUCAAAGGAGACGACGGCCUUCCUGGACCUAUGGGACCUCAAGGAGAAAAGGGAGAUAAGGGUACACCCGGUUUUACUGGAUUGGACGGUCUUAAAGGAGAACGCGGUUUGCCAGGACCUACUGGACCCAUUGGAGCUCCUGGAAAGGACGGACCCUUCGGAGAACGUGGACCCCCAGGACCUGUUGUCGAUGUCAAGGGCGAAAAAGGAGAACCUGGUCUACCUGGAUUACAAGGAGCUCCUGGACAAAAAGGAGAAAGAGGUUAUCAAGGCCUUGCAGGAUUGCAAGGAGAAAAGGGUGAUCGAGGUUUCCAAGGUGUGGCCGGUCUUGCUGGUCUUCCUGGUGCUCAAGGACAAAAGGGUGAUUCUGGAUUACCUGGUCUUCCUGGAGUAGCUGGUUUAACAGUUAAGGGCGAAAAGGGUCUCCCCGGACUUAGCGGCAAACCUGGACGCGAUGGAUUACCUGGAGUUCCAGGACAAAAGGGAGAAAGAGGUUACGACGGAUUGCCUGGCAGGCCAGGAAAGGCUGGACCACCCGGAUUGGUUGGCGCUCAAGGAGAAAAGGGAGACCGAGGUACACCAGGUUUACCAGGUUUGCCCGGUUUGGAUGGAAAACCAGGAGAACGCGGUUUCGACGGAGCCCCAGGUAUUGCUGGUGAAAAGGGAGACCAGGGACCACCUGGACUUUAUGGAGCACCUGGAGAAAAAGGAGACAGGGGUGAAGCUGGAGUGCCUGGAUUACCAGGAUUACCUGGUCAAAAGGGAGAUCGUGGAUUGGACGGACGCCCAGGAGCACCUGGAGCUGCUGGUGCUCAAGGAGAAAGAGGUUUGGUGGGACUUGCUGGACGUGUUGGUCUUGCUGGACGUGAUGGCGAAAAGGGAGACAAAGGUGAAAUGGGCCCAACACCUCCACCAGGACCUAAAGGAGACCGCGGUGCACCAGGUCUUCCAGGUUUGCCAGGAGAAAAAGGUGCUGAAGGUCGAGUUGGAGCUGCCGGUCUUAUUGGUGCUCGUGGUCCUCAAGGACCUAGUGGACUUCAAGGACCUCCUGGACCAAUUGGACCACCAGGAGCACCUGGACCUCAAGGAGCUCGUGGUCUUGUUGGUCUGGCUGGUUUGCCUGGAGCUGCUGGUGCUAAGGGUGACGCCGGAAGGCCGUGCGAGGCAAGGGCGGAACUUGACUUUAACGGAGUUUUGCUGGUCAAACAUUCACAAAGCUCAGAAGUACCGACGUGCGAACCAGGACAUAUCAAAUUAUGGGAUGGUUACUCAUUGUUGUACAUUGACGGAAACGAACACGCUCACAACCAAGAUUUAGGACAAGCAGGUUCAUGUGUCCGAAGAUUCAGUGCUAUGCCAUUCUUGUACUGCGACUCUGGCAACGCUUGUGCAUAUGCUGCAAGAAAUGAUCGUUCUUACUGGUUGGCAACAAAUGCACCAGUUCCAAUGAUGCCAGUUGAAGGUGCAGCCGUCAGAGAAUACGUCAGCAGAUGUACAGUUUGCGAAGCACCAGCUGAUGUAGUAGCUGUACACAGUCAAUCAGAAGCAGUUCCUGACUGUCCAAGAGGAUGGAGGGGAUUGUGGAUCGGUUUCAGUUUCGUCAUGCACACCGGUGCUGGAGCCGGCGGUGGUGGACAAGCCUUGUCCUCGCCAGGUUCUUGUUUGCAAGACUUCAGAGCGACACCAUUCGUCGAGUGUGCUGGUGCUCGUGGUUCUUGUCACUUCUACGCAAAUGCCCUCAGUUUCUGGAUGGCAACCAUCGAAGAGGCUGCCCAAUUCAGGGCACCACAGAAAGAAACGCUAAAAGCAGGAACACUGAGGACGAGGGUGUCCAGGUGCCAAGUCUGUAUUAGGCACUAGUAGGGGAGGAUAUAGAGGUAUCGAGUAAUAUAUGAUUAAGAAACACAAACACAAAGAAGCACAAAAAGUUGGAGCCAAAAAAAUAAAAUUAAUAUAUACAUAAAUAUAUAGAAGAAACCCAAACCCAAAAAUAAUGUGAUGUAAAACUUUAUAUAAAACCACAAAAC